ACAGCCGUGAAGUUUCUACAGAAUUCCCGGGUCCGCCAGAGCCCGCUUGCAAACAGGAGAGCAUUCCUUAAGAAGAAAGGGCUGACAGAUGAAGAGAUUGAUUUGGCUUUCCAGCAGUCGGGCACUGCUGCCGACGAGCCUUCGUCCUUGGGCCCAGCCACACAGGUGGUUCCUGUCCAGCCCCCUCACCUCCUUCCUCAGCCAUACAGUCCUGUGGGCUCCCGAUGGAGGGAUUACGGUGCCUUGGCCAUCAUCAUGGCAGGAAUUGCAUUUGGCUUUCACCAGCUCUAUAAGAAAUACCUGCUCCCCCUCAUUGUUGGCGGCAGAGAGGACAGGAAGCAACUGGAGCGGAUGGAGGCGAGCCUCUCGGAGCUGAGUGGCAGUGUGGCCCAGACAGUGACACAGGUACAGACGACUUUAGCCUCUGUCCAGGAGCUGCUCAUCCAGCAACAGCAGAAAGUCCAGGAGCUCGCCCAGGAGCUUGCUGCCGCCAAGGCCACCACAUCGACCAACUGGAUCCUGGAGUCCCAGAACAUCAGUGAACUCAAGUCAGAAAUCAACUCCUUGAAGGGCCUUCUUUUAAAUCGGAGGCAGUUCCCGCCCUCGCCGUCUGCACCCAAGAUCCCCUCCUGGCAGAUCCCAGUGAAGUCGCCAUCCCCAUCCAGUCCUGCAGCGGUGAACCACCAUAGCAGCAGUGACAUCUCACCAGUCAGCAACGAGUCCACAUCGUCCUCACCCGUGAAGGAGGGCCACAGCCCUGAGGGCUCCACGUACCACCUGUUGGGCCCCACUGAGGAGGGCACAGGGGGGCUGGGUGUCAAGGGCCAGGUGCGGAUGGAGGUGCAGGGUGAGGAGGAGAAGCGGGAGGAAGAGGAGGAUGAGGAGGACGAUGACGUGAGCCGUGCAGGCGAGGAGGACUGCCUGGGGGUGCAGCGGGAGGACCGCCGGGGUGGCGAUGGGCAGAUCAAUGAGCAGGUGGAUAAACUGCGGAGGCCCGAGGGUGCCAGCAACGAGCACGAGCGGGACUAGGUGCCGCGCCCACUGCCACAGCCCGCUCUGUGGGACUGGCAU